AUGAGACUUUUAAUCACAUUAUUUGCAAUUUUCGCUUUAUUCAACUGCUCAUUAGCAAACACUGCCACCAAUGUUGGUGAAUUUUUAAUUGGUUUCGCCCAAGGUGUUGAAAUCACACUCAACAGUAACUCACAAGCAUGUUUAAGUGGUGUCACCUCAACAUUUGAUGAAUUCCAAACUGCAUUCCAAUUAAUUGACAGUGGUUUCAAAUCAAAAUCAAUCAAUCAAGUUAAAACUGGUAUCACUGAUCUCGGUUUAGCCAUCCAACAAGUUCCAGUCGAUUAUGAUGCUUGUGGUAUCACUCAAUUCGUUGAAGAAAUCGAAGAAAUCGCCUCAAAAUUAUCAUCAGGUGUUGAUGGUAUCGUUGAUGUUAUCUUAAAGGAAGCCGUCGAAAUCUGGGAACACAAAAACGAUCUCUCUGCUGACUUCAAAACUGCCAUCGCUGAUUGGAAAUCAUCAAACUACAAUGGUUCAGGUGUUGCCGUCGGUUCAAUCAUUGGUGAUUUAAUCCAAGGUGCUAAAUAA